AUGUCGCUGCCGCGUCGUCCGCUGGGUCGCACGGGCCUGGACCUCUCGAUCGUGAGCUUCGGCGCGUCGCCGUUGGGGAGCGUGUUCGAGGAUAUCGACGAGGAGGAGGGCGUGCGGGCCGUGCACGAGGCCGUGAAACUCGGAAUCAACCUUUUUGACGUCUCGCCGUUCUACGGCUCCACACGAGCUGAGACAGUGUUAGGGCGUGCCAUUGCCACGCUGCCAUGCCCGCGGGAGGAGGUGGUAGUUGCUACCAAGGUGGGGCGGUACGGGCAGGACGUGUUUGACUUCAGCGCGGAUCGGAUCAGGAGGAGCGUGGAGGAGAGCUGUGCCAGGCUGCAAACUCCUUACCUGGAUAUCGUGCAGUGCCACGACAUUGAAUUUGGAUCCUUGGAUCAGAUCGUGAAUGAGACAAUCCCGGCCCUCCAGGAGCUGAAAGCGGCCGGCAAGAUCCGAUUCAUCGGCAUCACAGGCCUCCCUCUCUCCGUCUACCAAUCCGUUCUCCCCCGCCUGCCUCCCGCCUCGCUCGAUCUCAUCCUCUCCUACUGCCACUACUCACUCAACGACACGACUCUCCAGCCACUGCUGCCGUGGCUGCAGCAACAGGGCGUGGGGGUAAUCAGCGCGUCUCCCCUCUCCAUGGGCCUGCUCACCCCCCAGGGCCCCCCUUCCUGGCACCCAGCACCCCAGGAACUGAAGGAUGCAUGCAAGGCGGCAGCACUGGCCUGUCAGCAGCGGGGAGCAUCGCUGCCCCGGCUGGCCCUGCAGUUCGCAACGCUCAACCCAGCCAUCACGACGACGCUUGUGGGCAUGAGCACGGUGCAGCAG